ACGAUUUGGGCAAUCAUGUGGUGAAUCGCGAGUAGGCGUACACCGUCCCUCCCUGGAUCUCCAGAUCAUUGCAAUCUGAUUGGCUCCCUAGUUCCUUUGGAAAGCAGUCGUCUUCCGUCACAAUCGCAUUUUCGUCCAGAGGAACAUGUUCGCCAAGCUUGCCGUCAUUGCCGCGUGCGCCGCCCUUGCUGUGUCUGGAGCCCAGAACUCGACCACCAACUCGUCGAACGUGAUUGUGCCAACGAACUCUUCGCUCCCUGCUGCUGCCACGACUCCGUACGGCCGUGUCCUUUUCGGCAAGUUCUUGGAACAACUCGAAAUCCAGCACAUCGACAACGAUCCGUUGGACGACGAUGAAUACAAUCUGGCUGUGAACGAGCUCGAAAACCUCUUGACUGGCAAGACUGUUGUCGAGUCUAAGGCCCAAAAGAAGAAACUCCGUGCAGCUCUGCGCAACUUGUUGGCCCGCAUGACCCCUGAAGAAAUGGAGCAAUUGUUCAUUGAUGUCACCUUUGAAUUGACCGUCAAGCUGUUCAAGAAAACUUUUGGCAGUGAAAUUGACGUCGAUGCCUUGUACGAAAACAUGACCGCGACUGGUGAUGCCGUGACGUUUUCCUCCGCGGACGACGGUUCUUUUAACGGCUUAUCUACCUCGGACAUUGUCUGCAUCGGAUCCGCUUUCGGUGGAUGUGUUCUGUCCGUCGCUGUGGCCGUUGCCGUAAUCGGCGCCCGCAAAAAGAAGGCCGCCGCUGCUGCUCAAGUUUCGUCGGAAAACGUUGUCGAUGAGAUCGAAGCUGCUGAAAACCUCGCGGCUGCACAAAAGGACGCUGCGUCUGAAGUCGAAGACAUCAAGACCGACUCGCCCGCCGUCGUCGCCGUCUAGACGUAAUAUUUCGUCGUUAACAUUAACUGUUUUGAAUUUUCCUUGA